ACAGACGAUGCAGAUUGUUUAUGUUGUGGAAGAGAAGCAAACAAUUUGGUAUAUUAUUGUACCAAAUGUGAAGUUGUAAUGCAUACAAUUUGUGCGAUGAAGUCGGUACUGUUCGUUGUAGACCAACCAAAAAGCCAUGACCAUCCGCUCACUUUUUUUCCUAGACAAGCUUCCUUAACUUGCGAUGUUUGUGGUUUACUCAGAAGUAACUAUCCCACCUACGUGUGUCUUAGAUGCAACUUUGUUUCUCAUAACGAUUGUAUGUAUUCUCCACGCAUCAUCAAGAUUUCACGCCACUACCAUCGCAUCUCCUACACUACUUCUCUCCGGUCUAGGGAAUGGUCAUGUGGAGUUUGUCGUAAGAGUAUUGAUCGUGACUAUGGUGCAUAUAUUUGUGAAAAAUGUGAUGAUUAUGUUGUUCACGUAAGAUGUGCUCUACGGGUAGAUGUGUGGGAUGGAGUCGAACUCGAAGGUGUACCUGAAGAAGAUGAUAUAACACAAGAUGUUGGGCCGUACGAGGUGAUAUCUAAAGGAGUGAUACUUCAUUUUCUGCAUAGCCACCAUCUUCGGCUUGAGGUUAGCAUAACUUACGAUGAAAACAGGCUUUGCCAUGCCUGUGUUAUGCCUAUCGUUGAAGGUAACCUCUUUUCUUGUUUGGAAUGUGAGUUCAUCCUCCAUGAAAUAUGUGCAAAAUCUCGCCGCAGAAUACAACAUUUGUUACAUCCUCAUCCACUUAAAUUGGUCCACGUGAGUGAAUGUGACUACAACUUCUUCUGCGAUGCCUGUUUUCGUGUCUGUGGUGGCCUCAUUUAUCUAUGUCCCAUACUGGAAUGCGAUUUCGGUGUAGAUGUACGGUGUGCUGCAAUUUCUGAGCCAUUUCAUUUUCAAGGACAUGAACAUCCCUUGUUCCUAGCUUUAGACCCAAAAGUCAAGCCAAUAUGUGAGGUAUGCAAAUUAGAAUGUCGUAAACAAUUUAAUUGCAUUGAAUGCGAUUUUAUUGUUUGUAUCAAGUGUGCUACCUUACCAUACGAAGCAAGGUAUAAGCUCGACAAACACUUACUUACAUUAUUAUGGGGGAAAGAGGUGUGUGAAGAAGAUUGGUGUGAAGCUUGCGAACGUAAUUUAAAAGAUACAAGCACUAAAUUAUUCUAUUGGUGCAAGGAUUGCUGCACUACUCUUCAUAUUUCCUGCUUAUUUGAUGACGACCUAUAUGUGAAACCUGGUCAAGUUUUGAAAGUAGAAGGGAAGGAGGACGUCAAAGUUCUUGCCAAAGGAAAUCUUUCACGACCACUUUGUGAUUCUUGUAAGUACCCUUGUCAGGGCAGAACAUUUACGACAGACAACAGCACAAUGUGUUCUAUGAAAUGUGCUCGUGGUAAGAUAUAGUUAUCUCUCGUGAUUUACAACUGUUCACUAUUUACGUUUGGCAAUGCCCAUGAAAUUCACUUUUAGAAUUCACUGCGUCGGAGCUAGACUCCGUUCGAUAGCCAACCGAGGGCGAAAAAGUGGUGAAA